AGUGUUAGCUACCUGCACUCUGUCAGCUAUCACCAGGCCAAGAGCUUAAGGUAGUAGCGAGAUUUGAUUUGAUCGUAUAUAUGGCUAUGCAUCGUCCCAGCAGAGAGGCGUGUGCGGUCGCCAUGGCCAUGGCGGCGCCGUUCCUUGCGACAGCGAGCAACAACAUCGGUAGCGCCAGCAACGGCGAGAUCAAACGCCGGCAGACCUCGGCCGACGCCCUCCAGCGCACGGUGUCCGACGUCUCCCACGAGCUCCACCACCAGCAGCACGGCGUCAACGACAAUAAUCAGGAGAAGAAGGCGGCGGAGGCCGAGAAGCACCAGCAGCUGCUGCAUCCGGGGCCUGAGGUGCAGGACGCCAAGUGUGAGUGCUGCGGCAUGUCGGAGGAGUGCACAACAGAGUACAUCCGCGGCGUCCGCGGCAGGUUCUCGGGGCGCUGGGUCUGCGGCCUGUGCGCGGAGGCCGUCACUGAGGAGGCCGAGAAGAACGGCGGGACGCUGGAGGAGGCGCUCAAAGCGCACAUGGGCGUGUGCAAGCGGUUCAACGGCUUCGGCCGGACGCACCCGGUGUUGUUCCAGGCCGAGGCCAUGCGGGAGAUCCUCAGGCGCCGGGCCAAGCUCGGACCUAGGUCCAGGUCCAGCAUCAACCACAGGGAGGUCAGGGAAGCGGAUAAGGCCGGCAGCGGCCGCACGGGUAUCGCACGCUGCUCCAGCUGCAUGCCCUCUAUCACCGACGACUUCAACGAGGGCGUCGUCGAUCAACAAAAACUGAUUCUCGAUCGGUUGGUCGAUUAAUUAUAGAAGUUUUUAGCAUGGCAAGCUUUGCACUCCUUUAAUCUUCACUUGUUUGAAGGCUUAGAGGUUGCAUUAGUUCGCCUGAUGCUUUAGAUUGUUAUUAGCUUUCUGUUUAAGCUAGAGUAGAGGGUCCGGUCCAUCCUUGCUUUUAUUUACAUGGCACUAUGGCUGUUUUUUGCUGCACUACUAGCUUUGAGUUAGCUAGAACCUCGAGCAGCUUUGUAGUCUAGUAAUGCUUCGUAUGGUUUCUUCGUGCAACCUCAGUUGCAUUGCAUGUAGACGUCGAUCGAAUUUACGUUGUUUCAGGGUGCAGUUUCCAACUGAUAUAUAGGUCAGUGGAAUGCUUGGUCACGCUUUGGUAGUGUUGAGGUCUUGGCUAUGUUCACAAUUGGGCUUGUUGAGCACUUCUUGUGGCUGUUUGCCUCACAAGAGGCGCGGACUUCAGCUGUCUAUAUGGCUAAAAUUGUAAUUUUAUGCCGGCUCCAAUUUUAGUGGGCAUGUUUAUAGCGUGAAUAAUUUGUAUUGCA